AUGGAGGUGGAGGUGGAGAAAGAACAAGAAUUGGAGUCUGACCACACCAUCACGUCGGUCUCGGUCACCGCGGCACAGGUGGAGAAAGUACUCCUGGAUGUUGAUGCGGGGAAAGCCACAGGCCCUGAUAACAUCAGCCCCAGGGUGUUAAAGAACUUUGCCAAGGAGCUGUCCGAGCCUCUCGCCAACAUCUUUAGUGCCUGCCUCGUGGAGAAGAAGAGGCCAGCCGCCUGGAAGGAAGCUAAUGUGUUCGGGUUCAGGGCGGCUGCUCCACCUCUGAUCUCCCUUCUCCUCCUCUCACAAGAGUGGCAAGAUUCCCUUGAAGGCCUGGACACACUCGUGGUGGCGCUAGACAUUGCCGGCGCCUUUGAUCGAGUGUGGCACUCUGGCCUACUGGCAAAGCUUUGUGCCAAGGGUAUAGAGGGGAGUCUGUUGACUCUGCUCGAAGACUACCUCCACGGUAGGUCGCUUCGGGUAGUCGUCAAUGGCCGGACCUCGACGCCUGUAUAG